UCUAUACUUUCAGACUUUUGACAGAAAUUCAACUAAAGAAACCAGAGGAAACAAUUCAUGAAGAUUGAAGAUUAAUCAACAAUGGAGGAGCUAUGGAAAUUCAUCAAGGUAUGGUCUUUCGCUUUCAUAGCCUUGAGUUAUUGUUACUUUGUUCCUUCAAGAAUUCCAAAAGGAAUAUUCAGAUUGCUUUCUAUCAUCCCAAUACUAUACUUAUUCAUAAUUCUUCCAUGGAAUCUCGACACCAACCUUCUUAGAGGUCCUACUACUUUGUAUCUUGUUUGGUUAGGAAAUUUCAAUCUUCUUCUAUUUUCAUUUGGGAAAGGCCCUCUAUCUCCUAAAGAUCGACCAGUUUCGUUCUUGAAUUUCUUGGCCCUUGCUUGUCUACCUAUCAAGAUCAAGCAAACAAGCAAGAAUAACAAUAAUUCAUCUCUCGAGUCAUCAGAAAGACCGCCUUUGCGUUUGGCGAUCAAAGUAUUAGUUUUGGGGAUAUUGACUAUUGGUUGUGCACAUAAAGAAAGCAUCCAUCCAAAACUUCUGUUGUUUUGUUACUGUGGUUAUUUGUAUAUUGGCUUGGAAUUCACACUACUCGCCGUUGGAGUAACAACCGCAAAACUCCUAAACUUAGAAACGGAACCAGUUUUUGACGAACCUUACUUUUCAGCAUCACUGCAAGAUUUUUGGGGCCGAAGAUGGAAUUUAAUGGUAACCAAUAGUCUACGAGUAAUAGUAUAUGAACCCGUAAGGAAAUGGGGUCAACUACCAGCUGUGACCGCGACGUUUGUUGUUUCGGGAAUUAUGCACGAGAUUAUGUUUUUUUACUUAAUUGGGGUGAAACCUACAUGGGAAGUCACUUUGUUUUUCAUUUUUCAUGGGUUUUGUAUUGGUUUAGAGAUUAAGGUGAAAAAGCUUGUUAAUGGAAGGUGGACGCUGCCUCUGAUGGUGUCAAGGCCAUUGACAAUUGGAUUUGUGAUACUAUCUAGUUUUUGGUUGUUCUUCCCACCACUCAUAAAGGGUGGCUUUGAUGAGAAGAUUAGUAGAGAGAUUGUUGCAUGCUUUAAUUACGUAUCUGGUGUUUGAUCUUUUUAUUUUUUGAAUUCCCAUACUUAUCGGAUA